AGGUGCUAAAAGGAGCAGGAUGUAACGGUGCAGGAAUCGGACUCGCUUCGAACCAUACAGCCGUCAGGAGUCCGUCUCUGGGUUCAUGUCGACGCGGAGAGUCGGCCUCGGGUGAUGGCUGAUGUAUGCACCGUCGGCAGGGUCCACUAACGGUUAAACAACAUGUCCAACUUCCUCGAUGCGGCGGCCAGAGUCAGAUGGGACCGCACGGCUGCGGCCAAGCGAGCCGUGUUUCUCGCUGCAGCCGCUUACGGCAUCAAAACACUGUACCCCAUCAUCUGCAGGCAGCUGAGCAAAGGGACCGAUCCCGGGAGGAGCCGGCUCUCCAAGGCGGAGAAUGGAUCGACGUGUUCGGGAAAAGAGAAGCCGGAUACAGUUGCUCUCAGGAAGACGUCGCCGGGGGUGAAUGCGGCGUUUUUCAAGCAGAUCCUCGAACUUGGUAAAAUACUCUUCCCUAAGCUCGUCUCGAAAGAGCUGGCGCUUCUUUCCCUUCACUCGCUGGCGCUGGUGUCCAGGACGUUUUUGUCCAUAUACGUGGCGAGCCUGGACGGUAAGAUUGUGAAAACCAUCGUGGAGAAGGAGCCCCGGAGAUUCAUUCUGCAGCUGAUCAAAUGGCUCCUCAUCGCCAUCCCGGCCACGUUCGUCAACAGCGCCAUCCGGUUCCUUGAGUGCAAGCUGGCUCUGGCCUUCCGCACCCGGCUGGUGAACCAUGCGUAUCAGACCUACUUCACCGACCAGACCUACUACAGAGUCAGCAACAUGGACGGGAGGCUGGCCAAUCCGGACCAGUCCCUAACCGAGGACGUGAUGAUGUUCUCCCAGUCGGUGGCUCACCUCUACUCCAACCUCACCAAGCCCAUCUUGGAUGUGGUGCUCACCUCCUACACGCUGAUCCAGACCGCCAGGUCCCGGGGGGCAAACGCCACCGGGCCGACCCUGCUGGCUGGGCUCGUGGUGUUCGCCACAGCGAAGGUGCUGCGCGCCUGCUCGCCCAAGUUCGGUAAACUGGUGGCUGAGGAGGCUCACAGGAAGGGCUACCUGCGCUACGUGCACUCCAGGAUCAUCGCGAAUGCUGAGGAGAUAGCUUUCUACAGGGGUCACAAGGUGGAGAUGCGUCAGCUGCAGAAGUGCUACCAGGCUCUGGCAGACCAGAUGAACCUGAUCCUCUCCAAGCGUCUCUGGUAUAUCAUGAUCGAGCAGUUCCUCAUGAAGUAUGUGUGGAGCAGCAGCGGCCUCAUCAUGGUCGCCGUGCCCAUCAUCACAGCCACCGGCUUCGCUGACAAUGAAACAGCCGAUGGUCAGAGGCAUGUGAGAGUGAGUGAGAGGACGGAGGCUUUCACCACGGCGCGUAACCUCUUGGCCUCAGGGGCCGAUGCCAUCGAGAGGAUCAUGUCCUCCUACAAAGAGAUCACAGAGUUGGCAGGCUACACUGCACGGGUCCACAACAUGUUCGAGGUGUUCGAGGACGUCCAGAGGGGGGUUUACAAGCGCUCCACGCUAUCGCUCACAACUGAAGCAGAGAAAAAGAGUAAACCUGAGAUGCACAUAGAUGGACCGCUGGAGAUAAAGGGUGAAGUGAUAGAUGUGGACCAAGGCAUUGUGUGUGAAAAUGUACCAAUCAUCACACCCAACGGGGAUGUAGUGGUGUCUUGUUUGAAUUUUAAGGUGGAGGAGGCCAUGCACCUAUUGAUCACGGGGCCUAACGGCUGCGGGAAGAGUUCUCUGUUCAGGAUCCUCAGUGGCCUGUGGCCUGUUUACAGCGGCCGAUUAUACAAACCAUCUCCUCAGCAUAUGUUCUACAUACCUCAGAGGCCCUACAUGUCCAUGGGUUCACUGCGGGACCAGGUGAUCUACCCAGACUCCGUGGAGGACAUGGCUGCCAGGGGCAUGAGUGACAAAGACAUAGAGGCCAUCUUGGACAUUGUCAACCUCAACCAGAUUGUCACAAGAGAGGGAGGUUGGGAUGCUGAGCUGGACUGGAAAGAUGUGCUGUCGGGGGGCGAGAAGCAGAGGAUGGGCAUGGCGCGCAUGUUUUACCACAGGCCUAAAUAUGCCCUUCUGGAUGAGUGCACCAGCGCUGUGAGCAUUGACGUGGAGGGAAAGAUUUUCCAGGCUGCCAAGGAUGCCGGCAUCUCCCUGCUCUCCAUCACGCACAGACCCUCCCUGUGGAAGUACCACACUCACCUGCUGCAGUUUGACGGCGAGGGAGGCUGGCGCUUCGAGCAGCUGGACACAGCGACGCGCCUCACCCUCACCGAGGAGAAGCAGCGGCUGGAGUCGCAGCUGGCCGGCAUUCCCAAGAUGCAGCACCGGCUCAACGAGCUCUGCAAGAUCCUGGGAGACGACUCUGUCCUUAAAACAGCCGAGGAGUGAGAGAGUGAGAGAAAUGAGAGGGGGGAGGCAGGGGCCCAGAUGGGACAAAGACACUAGGGUGGGAGCAGAAGAAGAAGUGAAGUGAGACGGAGAGGGGAGAGUGUGUGAGAUUGAGAGGCAAUGAAUGAAAAAAUAAAUCUGGAGGGGGCUGUUUUUUUUGUUUAGCUCCGAGCCCCCUCUGACAAAGCAGGA